AUGGCGAACGUCCAAAUUCAUCUUAGGCUUGUAGUUGGCCUAAUAUUCAGGAAAUCAGACCCACUUCCGACGAAAUACUUAAAUAGUAUUGCGAUGUUAUUAAAUGUUAUUAGAGAGGUGCUUGACUCCACUGGUGCAUUUCUCCUCUUUGAAUAUUUCAAGCAUUGCAUUCUAGAAAUGUACCCCGAACUCCCCGUGUCUGUGAAGUACCUCCACGCCAAAAUCGAUUCAACAGAAGAAGAAAAUUUCUUUGUCAUUGAUGACAUCAUUCAACGCAAUGAGGCUGUCAUUCAGAAAGAUGUUCCUCAACUCUUCGACGAGAAGGUGGUUAUCAAAAAAGAGUCUUUUGCCGACUUAUUCAAGAACAAGAGAAAGGCGGGGAACAAACAAAUCAAGAAGAAUGAAUUUAUGUUUGUUGCGAUGGAGGAGUAA